AUGCCUAAACCAGUGUUAUAUUGGCAGGAGGUACUCCUUAAUGGAUGGCUUCGAAUCUAUAGACAUCAGCGAAGAGAACUGGAGCUGAUGCAAUCUGAAGUUGUCGAGGAAAUCAUAUACGGCUUGGAAUCUGGAAUUUUAUUUGGGAUGGCAUCUGUAUUAUCAAAGAUGGGAUUUCUAUUUUUGGAGCAGGGCUUCUCCAAGUUGCUGGUUCCCAUUUGCAUUUCAACCAGUGUAUGUUGUAGUGCUUCAGGAUUUGUUUACCAGACAAGAGGCUUGAAGCAUGGGAGGGCAAUUGUAGUGUCUACAUGUGCUGCUGUGGCAUCAAUCGUGACUGGUGUUCUUGCUGGUAUGCUUGCCCUGGGUGAAAGAUUGCCGUCAGCCCCAAUGGCUCGUCUCUCACUUUUGCUUGGAUGGUUAUUCAUUAUUAUUGGUGUGAUUCUACUGGUAAGUUCAACUCGGGUGGUGCGGUACCUUCCAAGGCCAUGGCGGCAUCUUUUUCAAAGUGCUGUUGAAAAGAACUUCAGCCUUAGGCAAUCAGCGUCACUUCGAACAAAGGAUCCAAGCCCCAGUGCGGUUAUCCAGACUUCCACCUUGCAUCAUUUGAUAUCAUCUCCCACUAAAGAGAGAGCUUGA